AUGGCAGUGGCCGUCGGCAAUCUCGACGACUAUCAUUAUCAUCUGUUGCGCACCUUCGGGCGGAAAGAAUUGGCCCACUUGCACGAGAAAAUGAAGGCACUCCAAGAGCCUUGCGUCGUUCGGCAGGACUAUUUGCUUGUCAACAUUUGCGGGGCGAUGGAAAGAAGGGAUUCAGACUUGGCGGCCUUUUACAUAUCUGUUCUCGAGGGCAUCGUCGUCCGUGCCUCGAAGCAGAAAGAAGUGCAGGAUAAAAUUGAAGAGGUUGAACGCCUGAUGACUAUCCGGCAACAGCGACGAGCUGAAGUGGCAGCUGAGUACCAAGCCCUUCUGAGAACUCUGCACCAAGUGAUGGUCACGCCCAUUCGUCCCCGCACGGAAGCAGCGGCUCGCAUUACCUGCCGCCUCUUCGAUGUUCGCUGCACUCUGGAUGCCAAAAUAGCCGGUUUAGAGGCUGCAGGGCCUGAAAUUAGACGCAUUCAGAGUCGGGUGGGAUCGACGAAAGAGGAACUCAACUCUGCGUCCCCCUUUCGCAUAAUCAAUUGUUUCUUUCCGUUGCCGCCUUCCCUCGACUUUCAUAACUACGACAACGACAAUGAGCUCACCAACAACAAUACCGCAGAGUCUACGCAACAACGGGAGCAAGGCUCAGUACCUAACAACACAAGCACAGCACCGUAA